CAUGCCACCAAAGACAUAUAUCUUCCUUCACAGACCUACAUUUGCAGUACCACCCAAUUCAAGAUCAAUAGCAAAGAUGGAUCAAGGCCUUUCCUUCUGCUAUCUACUCUUUUUGUUUCUCUUUCUAGUUCUCUUAUCAUCUGGAUCAGUAGUAGAGGCUGGGACAAGAGUCACAGAUGGUAACACAAACACCUACAUCGUUUACAUGGGAGCUGCUGCUUCUUCUUCAUCGCGGGUGGGUUCAGUACCACAGGAUCAAGCUCAUCUCCUCGCUUCGGUUUUGACAAGGAAGGAGAGCGUGGAAAAAUCACUACUUUAUAGUUAUAAACACGGUUUCUCAGGAUUCGCCGCCCGUUUAACGGCUGAGGAAGCUCGCAGAAUGGCUGAAAAGCCCGGAGUAGUUUCGGUGUUCGUGGACCCCAUCUUAAACCUCCACACCACUCGAUCAUGGGACUUCUUAAACUAUCAAACCGACCUUAAAACUGAUCCGACUCCUGAUUUGGAUUCAGCGACUCGGGGCUCGGACACCAUCGUAGGCAUCCUCGAUACAGGAAUAUGGCCCGAGUCUGAGAGCUUCCAAGACAAGGAUAUGGGCCCAAUACCCACCCGGUGGAAGGGAACGUGCAUGGAGGCCAGUGAUUUCAAAGCUUCCAACUGUAACAGGAAGCUCAUAGGCGCACGAUACUAUAAUGACAGCACCGACGGCAAGGUGCAAGUGCAUGUACAGUCGCCUAGAGAUACGAUAGGGCAUGGGACCCACACAGCAUCGACGGCUGCAGGCAGCCCAGUCGCCAAUGUAUCUUACUAUGGCCUGGCGGAGGGGACAGCCAAAGGUGGGUCAACUGGAUCAAGGAUCGCCAUCUACAAGGUAUGCUCAUCCUACGGCUGCCGUGGAUCCAUAAUCCUGGCAGCGUUUGAUGACGCUAUACGCGACGGAGUCGACGUGCUAUCUCUGUCGCUGGGUGCAUCGUCGUUUCUGAGGCCCGGUUUUGACACCGAUCCAAUAGCAAUUGGAGCCUUCCAUGCAGUGGAGAAGGGGAUCAUAGUGGUUUGCUCGGCAGGGAAUGAUGGGCCUUCAUCAUCAUCGGUUGUCAAUGCUGCUCCGUGGAUCCUGACCGUUGCUGCUACUACCAUUGAUAGGGAUUUUGAAUCGGAUUGCGUCAUGGGUAAUAACAAAAUAGUCAAGGGUGAAGGCAUAAAUUUCUCUACCCUUCAAAAAUCUCCAACCUAUCCCUUGAUCUAUGGAGGGUCAGCUAAAUCGAAAUCAAUGUCGGAAAAUGAAGCAAGGAACUGCAAUCCUGGUGGAUUGGAUGGAGCUAAGAUCAAGGGGAAGAUUGUUCUAUGUGAACAGGCCGAUGGAAGCUAUUCAAAAAGAGAGAAAAUAGAUGCACUGAAGAGCUUAGGAGGGGUAGGAAUGGUUUUGGUUGAUGACUUGGAAAAAAUGGUGGCUCUUAGUUCAGGUUCUUUCCCCUUCACUGUUGUCUCUUCUAAUGACUCUGCUGAUAUCCUUUCCUACAUUAACUCAACCAGCAACCCAUUUGCAACCGUUCUACCAACAGUCACUGUGACCAAGUAUAAGCCGGCGCCUGCUGUUGCAUACUUCUCAUCCAGAGGCCCUUCUCCAACCCAAAACAUUAUCAAGCCGGAUAUUGCUGCACCAGGUGUGAACAUCCUUGCAGCAUGGAUUAAAACCAAUGACACUUCAGGAGUCCCAGAAGGGCAGCAGCCAUCCCAAUUCAAUUUGCUCUCAGGGACUUCCAUGUCAUGCCCACAUGUCUCAGGCACUGCAGCCACAAUCAAGUCUAACAACCCCACAUGGAGUCCCUCUGCUAUCAAAUCAGCCAUCAUGACAACAGCUUUUCAAUCAAACAAUGAAAGGGCGACGAUUACAACAGAAACAGGUUUGGUGGGCACAGCUUACGAUUUUGGUGCAGGGGAGAUAAACCCAUCUGGAGCAUUACAGCCAGGGCUAGUGUAUGAGACCAAUAUAGAAGAUUACUUACUCUUCUUAUGUAAUUAUGGGUACAAGCUUUCCGCAAUCAAGAAUAUUGCAACUGUGAUCCCUGAUGGUUUCGACUGCCCAGUAAAUUCUAGCACAGAUUUGAUCUCCAAUCUCAACUACCCAUCAAUUGCCAUCUCCAAACUCAAUGAGAAAGAGAGCAAGAAAGUGAGUAGAAGUGUCACAAAUGUGGGCCCUGAAGAGGACACAACCUAUGUUGCAAGCGUCUUAGCACCACCUGAAUUGGAUGUUAAAGUAGUGCCUAAUAAACUGCAAUUCACUAAUGGCAGUAAGAAGCUCAGCUACCAGACGAUCUUCUCAUUGUCCUCAUCUUCUCCAUUGAAAGUUGAUGCAUUUGGGUCUAUUACUUGGACUAAUGGAAAAUACAAGGUUAGGAGUCCAUUUGUGAGUAGAAGUGGUUGACUUCAAUGUUCCGUUUGAGGGGUUUGUUAGAAAUUGGAGUUGAUUAUAAGUGAAUGUAAAACAAACUGGACUUGGACUGCAUCAAUAACCUGUGUGAUGCUAAAAAGAUCAAAACACGUAUCUGAUGUUUGAGUCCUGAUUUCAUUUUUCUACUGCAAGAUAUAUAAUUAUGGAA